CUCGGCCGUCCUACAGAACGUGAGACAGCAGCAUGAGAUUUGGCCAAACAGCCCACCCUUGGGGGCUGCUAAGCUUUUUGCUUGUCAUGUCCAUCACCUCCGUCAUCGCAGAGAAUGCCACACCCUUGCUAACGGUGGCUGGAGGCCAGAUGCAGGUCACGACCACCACCGGCUUUGUUGUGGAUGGCUGGGACAUUGUUGCCACCCUGUCCCACAUGCUUGCCGAAGCUGCCGCGCUCAACGCAUCCACAGCUGCUCAACAGCUCGCCGCAGCCAGCCGCCUUGAACGCCUGGAAACGCGCGUCGACGCCCAGGCCGCUGAUAUCAUCUCCCUGCGCAUGCUCGCUACCAGCCUCCAAACCAACCUGACUGCCACUGCCGAGCGCGAGACGCAGCUUGAGGCCAAGGUCCAUGACCUCACGGCGCAGCUGGCAGCUGCAAUCAAUCAUCAAACCUUACUGCAAGAACACAUCGCCAACCUCACCAACGGCACAGAACAACGGCUGGACACCCUCGCGCAGGAAGUGGAUGCCGCAACCGAUACUGCCACCGGCGCACAAUACAACAUCUCGUUCCUACAGGAAACCAUCAAGACCUUCAAUGGCGAGCUGGAGCGCAUUGAUGAAGCCUUGGAGCAGGUCGGGGCUGACACGAGGGUCGAAGAAGUUUUCAUUGACGCAGGCAGUGGCUAUGCUCAACUCUACGACAAUGACGCCUGGCAUACGCUACAGUUGAGUGUGAAACUGCCCUCGGUUCCCGCCGUCACGGUCUGGCGCAACCGCUUGGUGUCUGCGGGAGGGGGAGGGUCGAGCGCUGUCUUUGCCAUCUCCGCGACAGGCGCUGCGUCCCGCCUCCCAGAUCUACCCAGAGUUGUGGCCAGCGCCGCUGCCGCCACCUUUCGAGACAAGAUCUUCGUUGUGGGAGGUGUCCCUGACAACGACAACGGCCAAAACCGACUGCGCAGCGUCUACAUGUUUGAUGGCAUCUCGUGGAGAACUGGGCCAUCCCUCAACGGCGCUGGUCGUGCGGGUAUCUCGUGCGCUCCUUUUCAAGAUGAGCUCGUGUGCGUGGGUGGCUACUACUACAUCAAUAGCAGAGUUCGCUGGAGCUCAGUGACCACAGUUGAGAUUUACGAUGGCUCAGCCUGGAGAUAUGGGCCAAGCUUGCCACGGCCAACGUCCCAAGUGGGACUUGUGGCCUACCAGGAGUCCCUUUACAUCUUUGGUGGCCUGGAUCACGAGAACGUCUAUUCCUACUACAACUCGAUUUUGAGAUUAGAUGACUUGAACAAAGGAUGGACGCAGCUCGCACUCACGCUGUCCACUCCGCGCGCCGUCAACUCGGCAACCAUCUUUCGUGGUGAAGUGUUAUUGGUGGGCGGCUUCAACGGUCCCUCAGAUCACACUGGACUUUUGAAGAUUGUGGAGAGCUUCAAUGGCACGGCCCUCACGCGCCGCCCCAAUCUCAUGCACGCCACCUUCCUAAGCGAAGGCGGUGUUCUCAAGACGAAAGCCUUUGCUUGA